AUGUGCCAGCCCCAGCCGCUGCUGACCCUGCUGCUCCUGCUUUCCUGCCCGUGGGCCAACGCCAGUGCUCUACGGGGUCAGAUUGUGGGGGGCCACGAGGCUCAGCCCCACUCCCACCCUUACAUGGCAUACCUGAAGGUAGGGAUGUUCGCCUGCGGAGGCUUCCUGGUGGCCCCUGACUGGGUGAUGACAGCUGCACACUGCAUGGGGAAUGCCACAGUCAUCUUGGGGGCUCACAACAUCCACGAACCAGAAACAACCCAGCAGAUCCGGGGAGUUCUCAGAUACCACCAGCACCCUGAAUACGACCCUGACACCGUGUCUAAUGACAUCAUGCUGCUCAAGCUGACAGCGAAGGCCACUCUCAAUGACUAUGUCAAGACCAUUCCACUGCCCAAGACCAGCAGCGACCUCCCCACAGGCACCAAGUGCAGCAUAGCUGGGUGGGGCCUGAUUGAUGACGACCAGGUGACCAACAAGCUCUUUGAAACCAAAGUCUCCAUCUACAGCCGCAGGAAAUGCAUCCGCUUCUAUCCGCAUCUCAACACCGGCAUGGUCUGUGCUGGCAGCUUCCAUGAGCUCAGGGAUUCCAGCCAGGGAGAUUCUGGUGGGCCCCUGGUAUGCAAUAAGGUGGCACAAGGCAUCGUUUCCUUUGGGUACAACAACCCACCCGGGGUCUACACUCGCAUCUCCAACUACCUGCGGUGGAUCAAAAAAAUAAUGAAGAAAUAG